AUGAAGCAAAAAAAAAACAAACGAGUUACUGAAGAUACCUUGAAAACUUUAGGUGACCCAAUGAAUGUGUUGAAAACGAAAUUUUCAUUUGAAACCGGUUCAUUAAUUGAUUAUCAACAAAAGGUUAUUAGCCAACCAGUUAAAAUCGAUAAAUUGGAUUCUUCUGUUCAAGGAUUCAAUUGGAGAAUUACUCCAGAUAAGUUAUAA